GCUGAGGGCUGAGAGAGGAGCGCUCCUCUGGAGGAGAGUAUUUGGGCAACCUGUGACAUGUCACUGCAGAUUUCUCCAAAAAAAGAAAAAAAAAGGUGGACCAAAGUGUCAGGAUCUGCUUUUCUUUUUGCUCUUCGUCUCUCUCGUUUACUUGCCGUCUCUCUCUGUCUGUCCGCUGACUUCUCUCAUUGACUCACUCCUCUCCGCUUCAGCUGACUGAGUGCGCUGACACCGGGACCACUACCUGCUGCCUGGGGAUUAAGCACGCUAUGAAUACCCGCCGCCUAAUUUGUUGUUUUGGCAGCCGGUGAAUGUUGGAUCUACACGGAGAAGAAGCAAGAGCUAAAAUCCUUGUGACCGGGACACUGGGACCACCUCAAUACUAAGACAUCCAAGUGAAAAAGGGACUGGAUACUUGAGAUGGCAAACAGGAGAAUGAAUGAAAAAACAGAGAAAGCUCUUUUCUGAGAAGGAAACCUGCAGUAAAUCAUCUUAAUUCUUCUGAGUCAGAGCGCAUUAUUUCAAGGCAAUCUUUUUUGUGAGCAGCUGAUAAAAGGGAAUAAAACUCAACAAAUCUUUGCCUCGAGCAUCUUGGUUGAUUUCUGAUUGCACAGAGUUCUUUCUUUUCUUCUUUCUUUGAGUUUAUUCAUUCUUUGUAUUUUUCUGCACAUCUGUAGCUGCCUGCCAGAGAAGAUAGCUGUGGACUGACAGGUCGAGUGGGGAUCCCAAUUGUUAGUCUCUAACUUUUUGCCCCCUCUUUGCUACUUCCUUUGACCUGCUUUUGGCCCCCAGCGUACCAGUGGGUUUAGAGGGUGGGGGUAGUUGUUCACCCCCUCGAUGACACAGGCUGGGAAUAAAGGGUAUUGAACCACGGAUGAGUGACAGAUACGCAGGAGAGACGGGCAAGAAAAACAAACCGUCUCCGCGAUCCUGGGAGCAUGUGGUUUACAGGGGGGCGUUCGGCUGCUUUCCAGCCAUCCUUCUAAUCACGCUUCAGCAGAUAUGAGUUGCUUCAGUUAAUAUAUCCAGUUUGGAAGGAUUUUAACCAUAAACCAAAGAAGAUAGUCCUUUUGGAUACAAAGAGUUGUGUUCAGUUAAAGGAGAGUCACUGGGAAAAAUCAUUGCUAAGGAGAGGAAAAGCCACAGGGAAGCUGAAACAACAGCAAAGCCAUCACUUCUUCUUCAAAUACUUCUGACACAUGUUUUCUCUGAACACCGGACCUUGGCUGAGUCUGGGAGGCUUUUGACAUGAGAAGUUAGGGGUGCUACAGGAGCCGGCAUCCCCCUGACCUCUUCCACAUUCAACUAAUUACGUCAGGGUCACUGGGAGGAAAAGAGCGGAUUCCUUGUGUGGAUUUACUGUUGUUCUGCUGUGGAAGAUUUUCUUGUGGAUAUCUGACAAUCCAAAACACCCACGUCAUACACACACAUUUCUAGCGUUGGUGCAUUUCACGCACAUAUAUGCCAAAAAUGCUCUAAUACACAUCAUCAAACACAUUAUCACCACCCACUUAAAUCCACACAUGUAAGUAUAUAGCACUUCGUAAUAUACAGACAAACAUACUUGCACAUUAAAUUCCAACUAGUUUGUCUUUUUCCCAGUGGGGAUAUAAGAAUGGAGAUCACGCGGACAGGUGGGGGGCUCUAGGAGUCCAGCAUCCCUGUCCACUUGCCUGUCCUUUCCCCAAAUGGAUGUGAUUAUCUCUAAAAAUGUGCUGCUCGCAAACCGUUGAAAGCUUUCUGCUGCGAUUCUCUGACAGAAACAGUCACCGGGUUCCCACCACGGUGCACAGCUGGAACCACAGCUGAAAAAGCCACCAUUACUCAUCUUUUUUGUUUUUGCGUUCUAUUUCUUUGUUAUCUCCAUCGGUAGCUCUCACCCCACCGCCAUCAUUUUUUCCAACGGGUCUUUGGGCACCCCUCGGCACGCUCCUCGUCCCAUCAUCUCCUCCACACUGGAGGGGAGGGGGUCACUGGAGUGGAGCAUGAGCGGGUGCCACUAUCCCUCACCACCGGCACCGGAGCGGGAACGCAGGUACCAGCACAAAGUGUCACUGGUGGUGCGCUACUUCAUGAUCCCCUGCAACAUCUGUCUGAUCCUGCUGGCCACGUCUACUCUGGGCUUCGCCGUGCUGCUGUUCCUCAACAACUACAAACCACAUCACUUCACUCCGGCCCAACCUCCUGAUGGCUGUAGAGGGAUGCUGUGCGGUUUUGGCGCUACAUGCGAGCGGGACCAAGCUGACCCAGCUAAGGCCGAGUGUGUUUGCAAGAGAGUGGAGUGUCCAUCCUUGGUGGCUCCGGUUUGUGGCUCGGAUUCAUCCACCUACUCCAAUGAGUGUGAGCUGGAGAAAGCCCAGUGCAACACCCAGCGGCGCAUCAAGGUGCUGCGCAAGGGACCCUGCGCUCUGAAGGACCCCUGCACCGAGGUGACUUGCAGCUACGGCAGCACCUGUGUCCAAUCAUCAGAUGGGUUGUCAGCGAAAUGCAUGUGCCCCCUUAGCUGUAAUGGCAAGCCAGAUCAGAUGGUGUGUGGCAGCGAUGGAAAUGACUACCGUAAUGAGUGUGAGCUCCAUCGCUACGCCUGCAAGAACCAGAAGAAUCUACGUGUGCAAUAUCAGGGGCGCUGUGACCCAUGUAAAAACAGUGAGAACAGCCUGAUGUGUAAAGUGGAGGCUCUCACCCGCCGGCCCUUAACCUUUGGUGCGCCAGAGUCUUGCCCCCCAGGUAAUGUGAGUCUGUGUGCCAGCGAUGGCCAGACUUAUCCCAGCGAGUGCGCCAUGACAGCGACGGGCAUUCAGAAAGGCAUCAAGCUCAGGAAGAUCUACACGGGACAGUGCAUAGGGUCAGGGGAGUGCAAAGAGUGUCUAUUCAACGCUGUGUGCCUGGUGGAACCGCUGAGCUCUCACUGCUCCUGUGAUCCCAUCGAGUGUGAUGGCACCUACAAGCCUUUGUGCGGCAAAGACGGCCGCACCUACAACAACGACUGUUUGCGCCGCAAGGCGGAGUGUCUGAGCAAGAGCCUCAUCCCGGUCAAGCGCUCGGGGCCCUGUGAUCUCGACAUACCAAGCCCUUGCUCGAAUAAGGCAUGCAACCAUGGGGCCGUGUGCGUGGUCAAGAACAACGAGCCGGUGUGCGAGUGCCCUGAGGUCUGCCCGCCAACAACCGACCACGUGUGUGGAUCCGAUGGCCGCAGCUACACCAGCCCCUGUGAGAUGCGAGCAAUAAGCUGUGCUCUGCAGAAGGCCAUCCACAUCAAACACAGAGGACCAUGCGAUGAAGCUUGUGCCAACUGCUCUUUUGGGGCGAUCUGCGAUGCCCAGACCGGACAGUGUGUGUGUCCGUCGGAGUGUGUGGAGUCCCACCAGCCUGUGUGUGGCAGCGAUGGCAUCACAUACAGCAGCGAGUGUGAGCUGCAUGUGCGGGCCUGCAGGGAACAGAUGGACUUGCGGGUGGUCAGUCAGGGAGAGUGCAAAACAUGUGGCAACAAAAUAUGUACCUGGGGCGCCUGGUGUGUCCAGAAUAAGUGUGAGUGCCCACAGUGCUCAGGCGAGGCCCUCUUCUCAGUGUGUGGAAGCGAUGGCGAUACCUAUGAUAAUGAGUGUGAACUCCUCAGGUCCUCCUGCAUACAGGAGCGGCGAAUUGAUGUGGUGAAGCCCGGCAGCUGUGAUGAAGAUUGUGGCUCGGGCGGGUCAGGGUCAGGAACAGAGAGCUGCGAACAGAGUCGCUGUCGCAAGUUUGGAGGGCUUUGGGAUGAGGACAUGGAGGAUGAGCCUUGUGUCUGCGAAUACAACUGUGGAAAUGUGCCAUCCAGCCCGGUUUGUGGCACAGAUGGAAAGACCUACAAGAACGACUGUGAGCUCAAAAGAACAAGAUGUGAAAACAAAGAGAGCUUGUCUGUUCAGUAUCACGGACCCUGUGCAGCUGUAUCUCCGACGGAGCUGACAGCACCCCAGCACUGCGGUGUGUCUUUGUACGGCUGCUGCUCUGACAAUGUAACAGCAGCCUUAGGAGUCGGACAGGCUGGAUGUCCCAGUGUCUGUCAGUGUAAUGUCUAUGGCUCCUAUAAGGGCACAUGUGACCCGGCCACAGGGCAGUGUUCUUGUAAGCCCGGUGUUGGGGGACAGAAGUGUGACAGAUGCGAGCCGGGCUUCUGGAACUUCCGCGGCAUCGUGACAGAGAACAUGAGCGGCUGCACACCAUGCAGCUGCGAUCCCGUGGGCUCGGUCCGGGAUGAUUGUGAGCAGAUGUCGGGUCUGUGCUCCUGCAAGAUGGGAGUGAAGGGCAUGAAGUGCAAUGUGUGCCCAGAUGGAAGCAAGAUGGGAAUGAAUGGCUGUGACAAUGGACCUGAAGCACCAAAAUCAUGCGAAGAGUUGGUGUGCAAUUAUGGAGCUACUUGCAUUGAAGUGAGAGGGCAAGCCCACUGUGAGUGCCCUUCACCUGACUGCCAUUUAAAAAAUAAAACUAAGGUGUGUGGCUCAGAUGGGGUGACCUAUGCCGACCAGUGCCAGCUGAGGACCAUAGCCUGCAGGCAAGACAAAGACGUUACGGUGCAACACUCUGGACAGUGCACAGACUCCAUCUCUGAACCGGCAGACCGACCCACCCCCAACCCCCCUGCCACCACCGUUGCAGAUACCACCAUCACCACCGCCGCCUCCUUCCACCCUAACAAUGUGUGGGCCAUUCCACCUCCGAUGACAGAAAAAUCAGAGAUCAUGGAGGAGCCUCCGACCACCACCGCCUUUUUCACCCUCUCCAUCCAGCCAACUCCAGCUGCCACUAUCAGCUACCCUUCCCUCAGAGCUCAUGCGCCCUCUGUUACCACCUUCGAGGGCUCAGGCAGCGGGGAACCGAGCGGGGAUGACUCAACCGAAGAAGAUGGUUCGGGUAGUGGCAUCCAAACAGAGUCCAGUCGGGCAGAUGAGCCUGUCGGUCCAACAGUGACAAGUACCACUAUACCCACAGCUGAGGACAAGUCAUCCUGUGACAACACAGAAUUCGGCUGCUGUCCUGAUGGCAAGACACCGUCCAGCACCCCAGAGGGCGCCAACUGCCCCUCCACCAUGAAGUUCACUGGUUCCCUGCAUCUGGACCAGGUGGAAGGACAGGAGAUGUUCUACACCCCAGAGAUGGAGGACCCCAAGUCUGAGCUGUUUGGAGAGACAGCACGCAGCAUAGAGAACGCUCUCAAUGAGCUGUUCAGGAAGUCGCAGGUGCACAAAGACUUCAUGAGCGUUCGCGUCCGCAACCUGGCACCCAGCAACUCCAUCCUGGCCGUUGUGGAUGCCCACUUCAGACCAGAUACAAGAUACAGAGCGGAGGACAUCAUGGGAGCCCUGCUGAAACAGUUAAAGGCCUCCAAAGACACCAGCAUCUCUGUGAGGAAGCCCGAAAAUGAGAAUAUAGUCUUCAGCGAUGAUGGCGUGUCUGCCGUCCCCAUCUUCACCACGACUACCACCACCACAGCAGCAGCAGCCACCACACCCGCUCCCAUCACCACAACCAGGCCUCCGCUAACCUCUCCUUACAUCACUCGUCGCCCGCCAGGCACUACCCGCAGGCCUUUCAACAGCCGACGUACAACCACCACUGUAGCUCCGGUUACAACACCAAUCUCCACCACCGCUGCAGCCAUGACGACUCUACCGCCAUCCACUAUUACCCCUCAUGCGAAAGCAAGGAUAUAUCACAAGACACAAAAGCCCUGUGAUUCUCACCCUUGUCUCCACGGGGGGACCUGUGAAGAUGAAGGCAAUGAUUUCCGCUGCAAGUGCCCCGCUGGCCGAGGAGGGUCGGUGUGUGAGAAAGUGAUCAAGUACUUCAUCCCAUCAUUUGGAGGCGAGUCCUACUUGGCCUUCCCAACAAUGAGUGCAUACCACACGGUCCGCAUUGCCAUGGAGUUCAGAGCUUCUGAGAUGACCGGCCUCCUGCUCUACAACGGCCAGCUGAAUAAGAAGGACUUCAUCUCUCUGGCUCUGGUCAAGGGCAGGGUGGAGCUCAGGUUCAACACAGGAUCGGGCACAGGUACAUUGAUGAGCAAGGUUCAAAUCAGUCAGGGGCGCUGGCAUCAGCUUGUAGUGACACGUAAUCGGCGAAGCGCCGUGCUCAGCGUUGACGAAGAGCCAGACAUCAAGGGGGAGAGUCCACGUGGCACAGACGGCCUCAAUCUUGACACUGAACUGUUCAUUGGAGGAGUGACAGAGGAACUGAAGCAGGAUGUGACUGAAAGGACAGGGGUUUCCGAAGGUCUUGUGGGCUGCAUCCGCUCUCUGGAUGUCAACAACCGCUUGCUCAACCUUCAGGAGGACGGUGGCGACACCCUUUUUGGCAGUGGACUGGGUGAAUGCGGUAACAACCCCUGUCAGCCAAAUCCCUGCAAGAAUGGUGCUGAAUGCAAGGUCAAGGAGGCUGAGAUGUUCCACUGCAAAUGUAGCAAAGGAUUCUGGGGUCCAACAUGCGCUGACAUCCAUGAUCCAUGCGUACCCAGCAAGUGCCAUGUGACUUCCCAGUGCCAGGCACUCCCUGAGGGAGGGUACAAAUGCGAGUGCCCCAUGGGACGUGAAGGCAGACACUGUGAGAAAGUGGUGGAGAGGAGAGGGGCUUACAUGCCUCAGUUCAACGGAGACUCCUACCUGCAGCUGAAGGGGCUCCAUCUCCACGGGCAUGAGCUGCAUCAAAAAGUCAGCAUGACGGUGGUUCUCAUGGCCAAUGACUCCAAUGGUUUGAUCUUCUACAACGGUCAGAAAUCAGACGGAAAAGGCGACUUCAUCUCUCUGUCCCUAAAUAAUGGGUUCCUGGAGUUUCGCUACGACCUAGGAAAGGGACCAGCUAAUAUCAGGAGUAAGCAGCCAAUCCAGCUAAAUGUGUGGAACACCGUCAACCUGGAGCGCUUCCAACGCAAAGGAGAGAUCAUGGUUAACCAGAAAGACGGUGUCCAGGGAGAGUCACCAAGAUCACGCAAGAACGUACACAAAGAUCUCAACCUAAAGGAGUCUCUUUUUGUUGGUGGAGUUCCCGAUUACAGCAGACUACCGAGAGCUGCUGCGCUCACAGAGGGCUUCAAGGGAACAAUUCAAAAGAUUAUGCUGAUGAGUACACCAAUCCUCAGGGAGGAGAACGCCCUGAACUCCAGUAACAUAGUCAUGUUCCAGGGCCACCCAUGUUCCCAGGAACCCUGUCAGAAUGGCGGUCGCUGCAACCCUGAGCUGGGAGCCUAUGAGUGCAUUUGCCCCCACGGUUUCUCCGGGGAAAACUGUCAAACCCCUAUCCAUGAGAAGUCCGCUGGAGAGACCGAGGCCAUCGCCUUUGACGGACGGACGUUCAUUGAGUACCACAAUGCUGUUACAAAGAGUCCUGAGUCUGUGGACAACCCAUCUGACCAGAGUGAGAAGGCUCUGUUGGUGAACAAAUUCGAGCUUAGCAUCCGGACCGAGGCGACCCAGGGUCUGGUGCUGUGGAGCGGGAAGGGUGUGGAGCGCUCAGACUACAUCGCCCUGGCCAUUGUGGAUGGACGCAUCCAAAUGACGUACGACCUGGGCUCCAAGCCCGUGGUGCUGCGCUCCUCGGUUCGUGUCGACACUAACAGAUGGAUACGCAUCAAGGCCAGCAGAGCACUUCGAGACGGCUCUUUACAGGUUGGCAAUGAAGCAGCGGUAACAGGGUCAUCGCCCUUGGCAGCCACACAGCUGGACACAGAUGGAGCACUCUGGUUAGGUGGCCUGGAGGAGCUGGCGGCGGCUCGUCGGUUGCCCAAGGCCUACAGCACUGGCUUUGUUGGCUGCAUCAAGGACGUGGUGGUCGAUGGUGUGGAGCUCCACCUGGUGGAAGACGCCUUAAACAGCCCCAAAAUAUUACACUGUCCCGCCGCCAAAUAACCUGUCAGAGACGAAAUACUGCAAGAAACGGGGGAAAAAAAUUUCAAACAGAAACCCUGCCACCCGCUCCCUCCAUAGCGCCCAUGUCUCCUGCUGUAAUUAUUUUCUAUUUUUGUAUACUUUUCAUCGCUUUUUAUAUGGAAAGAGAAUGAAUAUGUUGUUCUAAUUUUUGUUUUAUAUAUUUUGCUUUUUUUUUUUUUUUUUGUUUUUUUUUGUUUUUUUUUGUUUUUUUUUUAUCUGCAUCUCCAUAUACAGUAAAAAAUUCUUUUUAUGGCCCUUUCUGGUUUUCCAUCUCUGUGGAAAACAAGAUAUUUUCUUCACAUCAAUUUUCUUUUUAACUUUAAAAAACAUCAAUCUGUUUAGUUUUUAUUUGUCAUUACUUGAACAUGGAGGACUUUGCUGAUGAUCUCUGGUUACUGCCUUGUCUUGGUGCCAUAUCUACCACCACAUUCCCCAAGCAUGGCCUAUUCAUUCUUGAAUAUAUAGACAUACAUUCCCCUAUGAGAGCUGUAACACAGUAUGUGUUGUAGCCGCAGUGUGUAGCUCUUUCACACUGCAGCCAGCUGUCGUAAAUAGUGAAGAAACUCAAAACUGAACUCUGGUAUUCAGUCUACUAUAUUUUCCUAAUGGGACUUCUGAAAUAUCUGUCAAGCUGCUACAGUGAGUAAGUACACAGUCCAAACCACUCGAUCAACCCCCAUCUCACAGCUCCAAAAAGAAGAAGAAGAAAAAAAAAUCCUCUCCAGUCGAUCCCAUCAGAGCCUUUAGUUUUGAAAUAUGACUCACUAACACUGCAACCCGACGUGACGGAGAGAGCGCUGUGUUCCACAAUGACUCCCAUAUCAUUAGUCAUAAGUCAUGAGAAAUUAAUCACAGAUAUGGAUAAAUGUUAUAAAUAUAGAGUAUAUAAAUAAUACCUGAGACUGUGAAUAUGUAAGAUGGGUUCUCUUUCGAGAGUUGUGCUUCUCAUGUACUAUUGUGCGUUCUGUUCUACAAUCAGCAGAUGAACUAAUGUUGACCACUAUAAAUGCAUGCACUUCUGCAGUGUUGGUUUGAAUCUGGUUUUUUGUUAAUUUGCAUUUUAUUCCCAAAAAGAAAAAAGAAAAAAAAUCUCAAUUGAAAUUUGUCACUAUUUGUCUUUAUUUCCCUCCUUAUUUUCACUGAUGUGAUUUCGGAAAGUACAAAAUUGGGAAUUAUUUUUAAAGAUUGUUUAUUUCCUGUAUCUUUCUUUUUUCUAGUCUUUUGUAUUUUUCCUGGGAGCAGUUAGUUUUGCAGGAACUUGAAUGGUGCAUAAGGGAAGAGUUGUUACCGUAUCUGACCUUAAGGAGGUGCUGAAAACAAAGACUGAAGAAAAGGACAGACUUUCUGUCUGGAGGCUAAGCCAGAUCUUAUCAUGAGGAGAGCUGCCUCUCUUCUGGAAUGGCCUGUCAAACAACAAUCAGUUGUCAACACAAAGACAUAAGACAUAAAAAACCUUCAGAAACUCUGCUUGAGACUUAAUUUCUUUUUUGUUUUUCAUCUAGGAACCUUCCUGGAGGAGCAUUUAUUUUUUUCUUUCGGCUGUUGAAUGAAAAAAGAGAGCGAGAGAGAGAGAGAGACUGGUAUGUUCUUGUGACCUUCUGAAGCCAUAACAGCCGCAAAAACUGAUAAAAAAAAAAAGAUCCGUAAUCCUACAGUACUUGCAAGUUAACAUAGCAACGCAUGGGUUUGUUUUACUAGUGCGAAUUCAGUAACUUUCAGUGGACUGUUGCAACGUGGAGUCAUUUUUGCUAAACGCAAUAAGCUGGGAUGACUGACUUAAAGACACUUGUUUUGAUAUACGAACCUUGGCAAUAUUCUAAGACAAUUUCAUGCCUGUUUGUGGUUGAGUAUCAAAUGGUCUUGUAUUUUUUCUAAGUUCUUAAUUAUGUUUCCUUCCUUAAAUCAUCAAGCAACUUGUUUUUGUACAGCCCUGCAAUUUUAAAAUGUAAAUUUAGCAAAUGUGUGAUCUGUGGAGGUUUAUGUUUUUAGUAAUAUACACUGGAGCCAUCUCUGACUUGUCUGUUCACCCAUAGAAUGAUAUACCUAUGUACAUGGGGGAGGGAAUCACCCUUAGGCUGUAACUGCUUGUGUGUAUUCAUUCUCUGGAUGUCCACACCAGACCAGGAAAUCCUUUAUGGCAUUUCAAGAUCCUAUAAAAUCUCAGCACUCACUGUUCUUUAAAUUUGACCCACCAAGGUGGUAACGCUCAAUAAAAGAGAGAAUCCUGUGUAAUUGGAUGGACACAAGAACAAUACAGACAACUACAGUCUAUGGUUUUGGGUGAAAACUGAAUUGCCUUAAAAACCUGUUACCUUGACUGUAAGCAGGUGACGGACGUCAUCCAUGUAACGAUUUCCUUACUUUAGCCAGUGUAUUAGCCUCAUCCCAAUAAUGUAAAUGAGUAAUACAUAUUGAUAAUGAUAACUAUAUUAGUAAUAAUCCCCAUGCAUAAGAAAAAAAAAAUUCCCCAGAGGGCUUCUGCAAAUGUCCCAUCUGGAUUUUUACCAAAAAAAAAAAAAAAAAAAAAAAAUCAACCUUUUACUGUUUUUGAAUCUUGUUUUCUGUUCCUUAUUUAUGUCUACAUGUGGAUUAUCCUCCAUGUCUGACCUCUGUAAACUACUGUUUGACUGCAAACCUCGUCAAAAGGCAGUGCACCAAGUAAGAGUGGCAUGACCUGAACAUUACUAACUUUAUGACCUUUGUCUUGUGUUCCUACCACCAUGAAAUAAAACAUCAACCAAAUGGAA